CCCGCUUUACGCUCCUCCGACUUCUUCUGACGACGAGUGGCAAGAAAUCAGUGUUGCCCCGGAUCCUACAGAACCUUUUGCUUAUACAAUUCUCGUAAAAUGUCUGCAAUUAAAGUUAGAAGUGGAGCUAAUAUUUGCGAGUCUCACAUUAUCUACUAUUCAAUCUGAAAUGCUCUUGGAUCUAAUGUAUAGAAUCGCCAAGGGUUAUCAAGGAUCCCCUGAUCUUCGCCUGACUUGGCUCGCAAACAUGGCGCAGCAGCACAUGGAAAGGAAAAAUCACACGGAAGCAGCAAUGUGUUUGGUGCACAGUGCCACUCUGGUAGUGGAAUAUCUUCAUCUACUCGAACCUGGUGACGGCGUUCGGCCCGUAGGAGCCGUUGCUUUGAACGCCGUAACACCAAACGUUUUAGAAAAGAGCGCCGUCGGCGAUGACGUACUAAUCAGAAGGGAAGAAGGGCUUUGCUUAAACCCUGAUUUUUCAGAAAGUAGAUUGGCGGGUUUUUUGGAGCACGCGCCUAGCUUUUUUCACGCAACUGGAAUGUACGAAGCUAUUCCUGACGUCUAUAGGGUGUUGCUACCUAUAGCAGAAGCUGCACAUGACUACAAUAAAUUAGCUAACAUUUAUGGGAAAGAAAAUUUAAAUUGUUUAGUAUGAUAUGGAGGGCACAUCUUUUUCAAAUUUACUGCAUAAAAUAUUAUUUUGGAACUUUUUUUUAGUAAACUUCACGAGGCAUAUACGCGUGUGGAACAAUUGGCCGGCAAGCGUGUCUUUGGGACGUACUUCAGAGUUGGUUUCUAUUCUUUACAAAGAGCCAACUUUAAAAAAACUUUUGGAAAUAUUCUCGAGACUCGAGAACUUUUAUGCCGAGAGAUUCGGCGCGGAGAAUAUAGUUAUAAUAAAGGAUUCGAAUCCUGUGGAUCCUAGCAAGCUGGAACCGGACAAAGCUUAUGUACAGAUCACUUACGUGGAACCGUACUUCGAAGCACACGGCUUAGACACAGACCUACAGUUUUUCAUCGGAAUUUCAACAUGAAACGAUUUGUUUAUGCGACACCUUUUACUCCUGGUGGCAAAGCUUACGGUGAAUUAUGUGAACAGUGUAAACGGAAGACUAUAUUAACGGUGACGACACAUUUCCCAUAUCUGAAAACCAGAAAUCGAGUUGUGGCUCGAAAACAGAUAGUCUUGAGUCCCAUCGAAGUGGCAAUUGAAGACAUACAGAAGAAGACUCUCGAGGUGGCUGCUGCAACCGCUCAAGAACCACCUGACGCAAAGAUGCUGCAAAUGGUCCUUCAAGGUUGCAUUGGCACGACGGUUAAUCAAGGACCCGCUGAAGUAGCGGUCGUGUUUCUUUCCGGUUUGCGCGAACAAAAUGCGCAGCCGACCAGAUUGCAGCACAAGCUUCGUUUGUGUUUGAAAGAUUUCCAGAAAAAGUGUCUCGACGCUUUGCGGCGCAAUAAGAAUCUGAUUGGUCUCGAUCAGCGGGAUUAUGGAGCUGGAGAGAAAUUAUCAGAAAUUGACCGAGAGAUUGGCACCUCUCAUUGCUUGGAGAACUUCAAUUCAAACAUGGGUCGAAAACCAAAGGUGUCUCAAAAAGAGGUUAUUGAGUUGAUCGAAAAACAUAUCCAUCGUCUUGCAACAAACGAUUUUCCACCAUAUGGAGACACAUUAUGGAAAACAAUGAGCUAAGACUUAGAUGGAAGGUGGCUACCUC